AUGGCAAACAACAACAAGCCGGCCCCAUUUCCCCACUCGUUCGCACAAAACUUGUCCAUAUACAAUGUCGCGCGAUGGUAUGCUGCCCGCAGAUUCCAUCCCAUGCGGAUUGGAUUUCUCGAGGAGUUCCACCGUCGACAUCACAACUACAUUCUCGAAUGGGUUCUCGAAGACAUGACCCCGUUCAAGGGACACUUCCCAGCAGACCUUCGUGACAGACGCGCUCGACCGGUACCUCCGACCCAUGAGUUGUUAUCACUCAUCAAUGAGGACGUGACGAUGCAGUCGCCAGAUCCCAAACCACUCACAUCCGGCACUGGCAAUGCCCCUGCUGGCAGCAGUCAGCUGGGUCCUAACCCCGGAGCGACCCCCGAGGCUGGUGACCCUGACCACGACAUGGGUGGCCGCUAG